GCCUGACGUGAGCCCGUGGAAGGGCAGAGUUCACUGUCACGUUGAUAGUGGAGGAUCAAGGGUGUGUUAGGGGCAUGGGCGGUCCUGCCAUCGGCAGAGCCAAAGGCCUCUGGGAAGGGCAAGCAUUGGCCUUCGCUUGUGGCCCCUUUGCUUCGCUUCACCAGCACCAAACCUUCAAGCCUGGGUUUGAAGGUGUUUAGUCACAAUUCCUGAGGCCAAGACGGGAUGGUGUCUGUGCAGGGGAUAGGACUUGUUCAGCCACUCAAACAGCAAGGAGAUAACGUCUCCUUAUAACCAAAGGUGAAAGUGAACUAAACAGUGUAGAAGCCAGAGCUCUGGAGAAGAAAGAAAAUGGAAGAGACUCCCAGUGUUAAUCUGUCUGGAGCAGGUGGACCAGCCCAAGGGGAGGUGGAGAGCACAGCAGAACAUCUUGUGCACCAAAAGCCCACCCAAGAAUCACUUGAGCACCAAGCGAUGAGCAGGCAGCGUGAGACCUCCUGCAAACCAGAGGAGGAGUCUCUGCUGUGCAAAUCACCAGCUGCUGAUGGAGGAAAGACAACAUCAUUGGAUUUAGCUGCCCACCCAGUAAAGAUGGAGAUUCCCCAGGAAACUGAAUUAUCACUGAGAGAAUCAGGGAAGAGAAGAGAUAAUACCUCAGAAGGGCCCCGGAAAGAUGAUGACUUGGAUGAAGCCAGGCUGGCCCACGAUAAAAUGGAGAGCAAAGGAGACAGCCCUGUCCACCAUGAAACACGGGAGAAGCAGGAGACGAGCAGGCAGUGUGAAAGCUCCAACAUAGCAGAGGUAGAUGCUUCGUCAAGAAGCAAGUUCCUGAGCUCUGACAGUAAAAUGACGCAUUUGGAGGUUACUGCUAUGGAAGACGUCACCAAGGACCUCUUGGCUGAGAGGAGCACUAGUGCCCCUCUCCUAGAUCAGGAGCCAGGAGACAACACAGGGCAAGAAACACUGGAGAGCGGAUCUGAAGGCAUGUUAAGAGGCAGACACGGAACUGUUCUCCCAGUAGGUGGGCCAGCCCAAGGGGAGGUGGGAAGCACAACAGAGCAUCUUGUGCACCAAGAGCCUACCCAAGAAUCACUUGAGCACCAAGUGACAAGCAAGCAGCCCGAGACGUCCUGCAAACCAGACAAGGAGCCUGUGGUAUGCACAUCGCCAGCUGCUGGUGGAGGAAAGACAACAUUGUUCGGUUUAGCUGCCCACCCAGUAAAGAUGGAGAUCUCCCAGGAAACUGAAGUAUCACUGAGAGAAUCAGGGAAGAAAAGAGAUAAUGUCUCAGAAAGCCCCCAGGAAGAUGACUUGGAUGAAGCCAGGCUGGCCCACGAUAAAAUGGAGAGCAAAGGAGACAGCCCUGUCCACCAUGAAACAUGGGAGGAGCAGGAGACGAGCAGGCAGUGUGAAAGCUCCAACACAGCAGAGGUAGAUGCUUCAUCAAGUAGUAAGUUCCUGAGCUCUGACAGUAAAACGACCCAUUUGGACGUGACUGCAACAGGAGACGUCACCAAGGGCCUCUUGACUGAGAGGGGCACUAGAGCCUUUCUCCUAGAUCGGGAGCCAGGAGACCACACAGAGCACAAAAUGCUGGAGAGCGGAUCCAAAGGCAUAUUAAGGAUCAGACAUGGGACCAAAGGGCACACAGCCCCAAAGCCAGAGGCUCAGUCCUGCUUCCAGGAUGUUACCACCCAAAACAAAGACCAGACGAAAGCCAUAAAGCUCUCCUGGCAGCAAGGUGAGGAAAAGAAGCUUUCCUUGAGUGUUAUUCAUCGACCAGAAGGCACUGAUCCUCCAGGAACAAGGUUUUUAAUGGGCUUUGUAUUGUUCUGCCUCUGCUUACUUGGCUUUGUCAACUUGACCUCCAAGUCCCAGCCAGCCAACAAGAACCCCAUGGUGAAGGAGUUUGUGUCCCAGUUCGGCCAGCUGCAGAACAGGUUUCCGGGACAGAGUCCCCACCUGUGGUUUCGUGGGCGCGUGUUACUGCAGAAGCACCUCAAUGCAUCCCACCACACACAGCCAGCCAUCAUCAUCUUCACGGCUGCCCGCAAGGGUGAGCGGACCUUGAGAUGCCUUAGUACUCAUGUGGCUGAUACCUACUCGGCUGCCCUGCGUGCCAGCACCGUCCAUAUCAAUGGCACAGCUAAAUCCAGGCUCCACAGUGACCAGGCCAAGCAGGAGGUGGAUGUAGAGCUGAGCUCAGCUUUCCAAGCUGGGAGCCGUGCUGCAGUAGUACAUCACUUUGAGUUGCUGCCGGCGGAGGCCACCCUCAUCUUCUACAAGUACUGCGACCAUGAAAGUGCUGCUUUCAAGGAUGUGGCCCUGCUGCUGACGGUGCUGCUGGAGGAGGAAACACUAGAGACUGACAUCAGCCUCGUGCAGGUGGAAGAGAGGGUCCAUGACUUCCUCUGGGCCAAGUUCACCAACAACAGGACCCCCAGUUCCCACGACCACAUGGACACUGACAAACUGAGCGGGCUGUGGAGCCGCAUCUCCCACCUGGUCCUACCGAUCCACCCAGUGCCCACCAUUGAGAAGGAGGGAUGCCACACUAAAUCCUAGUGACAAAGACUGCCAGAGCCCCAGGAAGAGUUGGAAAGAGGUUCCUGGCUGACUCCAGCGUGGGUGGAGGCAGAACUAGUAAUAUUUCUCUUCAGCCUCCCCGGGAAGAGUUUGAUGGGUAGAAAUUAAUCCCAGCCAUUUGGCCAGUUGAAUCCUGGAAGUGGGAAAUCACACGUUUCCUUCUGGCCAAUGGGAAGAGCAGAUAUUUUAGGCUGCUAAUCACACAGGAGAACAUUGCUGUGUGGGGACGCAGGAGAGAAAAUAGGACUUUGCAGGUAGCUUUUCUAUCAGGAACUGCACAAAUAAUGUACACAAGUAUGAGGCCAGAAAGGUACUUCAGUCACUCUUUCAUUUCUUCCUGUCCCUCAGUUUGCUAAUGUUAUGUACAUCAACCUUACAAUGUACAUCAUCUAGAAGUUUCUCUGUCUUUGCAGAGAAGCUGCUGGAAAACAGAGAGAUCAAAUUUGCCAAAGCCAAACAUUUUGAAGGCAUGCUUUGCAAAAAAAGAAAAGAUGACCGCUUUGCUAGUCAAGGGUUUGACUAGUCAGUCCUGAUGGAGUCCCAGCUGCACAAACUGAUGACACUCAGCAAAGAUCAGAUCCUAAACACAUGAUGUUCAAACAAACCUGAAAUUCAGAAGUCCCUUAAACAUAAAUUACAAGAAAUUUAGGUUAUUGGCACUUAAAUACUGCACUAAAGGGAGGGGGGACCCUAUGAGGGGAACCCGUUUACCAGAGAAUAAGCUCCAAAACUAGGGAGUAAUGAAACGAAAACCGUCUUGCUGUCACUCUGAUAGUGUGAAUCCUCAAGGGACUGCACAGGUAAAAGAACAAGUGGUAAAGUUUAACUUAAUGCUACCUCUUCAAAAAUUCCACUCUUUAUCUGUUUGCCACAAGGCUACGACCAUCUCUUUGGACUGAUGCAUCAGCUUUGGUCCUGCACAAUAUAUUGCUCUUCACCCAGAUCUCUGGUCUGUCUGCAGGGCAGGGAGCUGCCUGCCUCUCCCCAGCUAACUUUUAUUGAUGAAUGUUGACAUUUUAUUGAUGUUAAUUGAUAUUUAUUUCAAGCCACGCAGGUUUGCACAGCAGCUCCUCGCCCUCCAAAGGCACUUUUGCCUCCCUGCCAGGCAGUUGGUGCUCUGGCACGUGCUAAAGCAGCCAGGAGCAGAGCUGGGAUUCGCUGGUAAAGGCAAAACCUCUAGUGUUAACACUAAAAAUCCUCAACAAAGCUGGCUGAUCUCUUACCAUGCCUCCUCUUCUGCAUCCCAGGAAGAGAAAUCCAAGUUCUAGAAAUACUGUGGAGCCCUUGCAUACUGCAUCUCUGCAGACACCUUAGGGCAAAGCUGCCAACUCAGAGAACACCUCAGGCCAGCUGCAGGUGACAGCAUUUAUAGUAAGCCAGCUGUCAGCCCCAGGUGCCAACCCCUUGUGCCUUUGCUUCUGCCUGCCGGACAAGGAGCAGCUGUGGAAAUUGGGGCUUAUUUCCAUAUAAGCACCACAGCCUGGGCCUUACUCUACAUCCAAAUGAGACACAGCUCAAGAACAUCAUGGUGUCUUAAGAAGUGCUCCUUCCUUAGAGCAACUGGCGCUGGCUGGGGCUUGGGCUCCUGCCGAUGGUGUCUUGCUGCUCUGCCCCACUGAUGGCUCAGCUGAGGUGCAGCCACGCACCCUAAAAACAGCCCCUGUCUCUUCUUUCCUCCCACCAUGUGCCUUGACCUAAGAGCUUGUGGCCAUUAACUUGGAGGCAGGGGGAUGAAGAAAGAGGAGGGGUGUUUUUGUUUGCAUUCUCACCAAUGAACAGACUUUUUUUUUGGUGGAUGAGGCCAAAAAAACAAGAUUGCAGGGGUUUUAUUUGUGACAGAUGCUGGGCUAGGUGUGAGAAUUUCCUGCUGGAGCCAGCAUCAGGAGGGCAGGUUUUGUACAAUAUAAGGGUUGCUUCCCCCUUCUCCCUCCUUUUUAUAGCUAUACACUACUUAGUUAACAGAAAACACUGUUUCUGCACAGUUCAGUAUGGGUGUUGCUGUCAGAACCAGGAGAACAUUAAUCAGGUUAUGACAAUAUCAUGAAGAAAAUCUGUAUUUUAACUCUGUUUUAUGUACUGUGUUUGUAAUGCAUAGCCAAGGUAAGCACGGACAACUUCACCCUGCUUGGGCAUAUCACUAAGCAUCAUCCACCCAAAUGUAUUAAUAUAGACAUAUUUUAAUGAACUUUUACAAAGUAUCUGCUUGCUUCUGAAACAAGACUUCUAUUUAAAAAUAAAUAAUG